UUUAGUUCCGGCGUAGAUCACACAUCACUUGUGUUUCAAAUCCUCAUACCCGUCUUCUUCUCUCUCGCCCUGUACAACGUCAUCGAACUUACGUUUCUUAUCUUUCAUACCUUCAAGCGGCACUCGGGUCUUUAUUUUUGGUCAUGCGUAUUUGCCACUGGGGGUCUUGUCUUUCAGUCUGCUGGUUUCUUCAUAUUGUAUUAUGCAUCUCCAUCGGUGGCAUAUCUGGCGGUGACGAUAUCGCUUUUAGGAUGGAUACCAAUGGUGACGGGCCAGUCCUUGGUGCUAUGGUCUCGAUUACACCUCAUUUUACACAACCGACGGCGUCUAAGGAUGAUCUUAUGGAUGAUUAUUAUCAACGCCAUACUAUGGACUGGAGGAAUCACUCCAAUGAUAUACGGUUCCGUUGCCAAUCCAGAGCUAUUCCACACACCUUUUCAAGUCAUGGAGAGGAUCGAGGUCACCGUUUUCUUUGUCCAGGAACUGAUCAUAUCUGGAGUAUAUAUCUUCGAAACUCUCAAGCUCAUGAGAGUACAGCAAUCUCUGGGGAUCAGUCAAUACGGCCGCUCUCUCAUGAAACAUCUAAUUAUUGUCAAUAUUAUCAUCAUCGUCCUCGACGGCACCAUUAUUGCUCUGGAAUAUGCAAAUCAAUGGGAAUAUCAAACUGCCUAUAAGACAUUCGCGUAUAGCGCGAAACUAAAGCUGGAAUUCACGAUCCUUAACCGUUUGGUCGACAUGACA